AUGCGACUUUGGAGCACGCUGUCGCCUCGUUCCUCACUUGCCGUGUUCGCCCCGCUUCUCUCUCUGCUUGCGCUCUCGCUCACCGCCGCACCUGCACGCGCCGCACCGUCGCUGCGUCCAACUCUCGCGCUCACGCCGGCUCUGUUCUCAUCGGCGCUCAUCCCUCGAGCCGUACUCGCCACGCCCGUACAGCCAGGAAUUCCUGCGUCCCAACGACAUUUUCGUAUCGGACAUCCUGCAGCCGCCAUGUCUGCCUCCGCAUCGCUGCCGGCUCAGACGGCCGAAUUCGAGGGCUUUGCCUCAUCGCCUCUGAUCGAGCCCACGCCCGAAACCGCACAGAUCAUCCGCGAUAGCAUGGAUCUGUUCGGCGCCCGACCGAGCGCCGCGAUCUUUGCGCGCUGGAGUGCGGGUGCGAUCUUUGCCGAUCCCAUCUGCCACGCCGUGGGCGCCAAACAGUACAUGGCGCAGUGGUACGGCAUGCCCGCCGCCUUCAGCCUCUCCGAAACCAAGGCCUGGAAACUCACCCGACAAGAACCUGGCAUCGUCGAAUACGUCCAGCUGCAGAGGUACAAGGUGAAAGGACUGGGAACCGUCAAGGAUAUGAAGUCCACAGUGGUGAUCGAACGAGAUGGCGAUAAUAGGGUCACCAGGUUCGAGGACAGGUGGGGACAUAAGGAGAUGAACGGCAAACUCGGCUGGCCGUUCAGGAGACUCAAUGCCUUCACUAUGCCGUGGUUGAUCAGCGUCCCCAAUGACGCCAAAGAUGCUCCUGCACACUCCAACCUCUAG